CAGCAGGAGUGGAUUUACGGCACUCCUACGUCACAUGUAUUGCUCAGCAGAAGCGCCGCUGUCCUGAAACUUAUGGCUGCAGAUGUGUAGCCCUGGAUUAACCGAUAAAAACACGGACUGAUGGAAAACGUAGAAAGUCAUGAAAGAGAUUGACACUGUGGGGAGUGAAAAAGAUGAACAAUGGGGCAAUGAGGAAAAUGAAGAAGAAGCUCCAAUGAGUCGUAGUUUCUCUGUAGAAGACCUCCUUGAUGAGGUGGAGAAGAUCUGUUAUGAUGCCUCAGGGACUUCAAAGGUGGAGAUGGUGGUGAGGCUGUGGAAGGAUGGCUUCACUGUAAACGAUGAGGACUUCCGCAGCUACUCCAUUCCAGAGAAUCAAGAGUUCCUGGAUGCCAUCAAAAGGGGGGAGCUUCCGGCAGAGUGGGAGAGCAGAGCAGAAGAGGAGGAGCUGGAGAUUAGUGUGGAAGAUCUGACAGAGGAAAAUUACGUUCCCAAGAAGAAGGCCUUUCAUCCCUUCAGCGGUCGAGGAUACAGACUUGGCAGUGUUGCACCAAGAGUAGUAGCCAGGUCACCAUCUGUGCACGAGGAUGGAGAAUCUCCUCCUAUUCCCAUGGUAACACUAGACCACACCCUUCCCGUCACCUCCCUGCAGAUUUGGUUGGCCGACGGCAGGAGAUUGGUGCAGAGGUUUAACCUAUCGCAUCGGAUCACUGAUGUUCAGGAUUUUGUGGCACGCUGCCAGAGGAGCUGCCCACCUUUCGUCCUGACGACGUCUCUUCCCUUCAGAGAGCUCAGCGACAAAGAAUUAAGUCUAGAAGAGGCAGAUUUGGCCAACGCUGUCAUUGUCCAAAGACCCCUGAACACACAGGCUCCUUUCGGACACUCCUGACCAAUACGAGCCCCACAGUUCACGCAGCAGCCCCCACCCCCACUGCCUCAUUAUCAUCCUCCUGAUAGCAAUCUCAAGGUCCACUGCACCCACAUUUGAUAGUAAGGAUCCUGUCUCUUAAAGUUUAUUAAUGAUGUAAUCACUUAGUUGCAAAGGUGCUGAUCAGAGGCUGUUGUCAGUGUUUACUGUGUCUUCUUCCUCUGGAGGACAGUGGUUACCUGUCAACAGUCCUUCUUAAAUCUGCAGAAAAUAAAAACUAUAAACGCUGUCACCCAUGCAGAUGGUCCUCCGGGGAUCUCCAUCUGUUAAUCUGCCACGUGUAAAAACUCCCUCCAUCACACACACACAAUAUCCCAGCACCAACACCACCACGCAAAUUAUUCUCCAAAGUCUUCCCAAAGCGUGAUUUACCACCUUUUCUGCACAGUCGGCCGUAUAAAUAAGGGGCUGAGGUUUUAAGUUUGCAGUCCUGUGAUUAUUUUGUUUGCACAAUACUGUGAUUAUGAAAGAAUUAUUUAUGUUUGCCUUGCUGUUUACUCUCCAUUAGUUUUUUGUUGGUUUUUUUUCUUUCUGGUCAAAUGCAUUGUUUGACGUAUCUCAAGGUAUGACA